AUGAAAGACAAGGCUAGGAUUUUGUACCUGUUUUUCUUUGGAGACAUGUUUAAAGUGCUCCAUGAUAGGCUUCAAUCUGCUGCUCUUCUUCUCGGCUUCAAAGAUGCUAAACGAAUCUGCUUCCAGUUUGAGACUAUGCUGUCCCCGGUGUUGAAUUUGCCCUGCACCAACAGAGAAACGUACACAAAUGAUAAUCAGAAAGGUCUCACCUCGGUGUGUAUUCUUUUCUUUGUGUUUUCUACAGGAAGUGCAGGGACUCCGGUCAUGUUUAACGAGAACGGCGACGCUCCUGGACGCUACGACAUCUUCCAGUAUCAGAUCAACAAUAGGUCAACGGCCGAGUACAAGGUCAUCGGACACUGGACCAAUCAGCUGCAUCUGACGAUGGAGACCCUCCAGUGGACGACGGGCGACUCCUCGCUGCCAGUGUCGGUGUGUAGCCUGCCCUGCCAGACGGGCGAGAGGAAGAAGGUGGUGAAGGGUGUCCCGUGCUGCUGGCACUGCGAGCGCUGCGAGGGAUACCACUUCCAGGCCAGCGAGUUCACCUGCGAGAUCUGCCCCUACGAGAAAAGACCCGACCAGAACCGAACCAGCUGCCAGCCCAUCCCCAUCAUCAAGCUGGAGUGGAGCUCGCCCUGGGCUCUGUUUCCCGUCUUCAUCUCCAUCCUCGGCAUCAUCGCUACAACCUUUGCCAUCGUCACCUUCGUCCGCUACAACGACACCCCCAUUGUUCGCGCCUCAGGGCGGGAGAUGAGCUACGUGCUGCUGACAGGCAUCUUCCUGUGUUACAUUAUCACCUUCCCCAUGAUCGCUGCCCCCGAUGUGGUCGUCUGCUCUUUCCGACGCAUCUUCCUGGGCCUCGGCAUGUGUUUUAGUAACGCCGCGCUUCUCACCAAGACCAACCGCAUCCACCGCAUCUUCGAGCAGGGCAAGACGGCGGUCACGGCGCCGCGGUUCAUCUCCCCGGCCUCCCAGCUGGUCAUCACCUUCUCGCUGAUCUCAGUCCAGCUUCUGGGCGUUCUGGUGUGGUUCUCCGCCGACCCGCCUCACACCUUUGUGGACUACGGUGAGCAGCGUACGCAGGAUCCCUCAAACGCUCGCGGUGUCCUCAAGUGCGAUAUCUCCGACCUGUCGCUCAUCUGCUCGCUGGGAUACAGCAUCCUCUUGAUGGUCACAUGCACUGUUUACGCCAUCAAGACGCGUGGCGUGCCAGAGACCUUCAACGAGGCCAAACCCAUUGGAUUUACUAUGUACACAACCUGCAUCAUCUGGCUCGCCUUCAUCCCCAUCUUCUUCGGCACGGCGCAGUCGGCGGAGCGGAUGUACAUCCAGACGGCCACGCUGACGGUGUCGCUCAGCCUCAGCGCCUCCGUCUCUCUGGGAAUGCUCUACAUGCCGAAGGUCUACAUCAUCAUCCUCCACCCCGAGCAGAACGUCCCGAAACGCAAACGCAGCUUCAAGGCCAUCGUCACCGCCGCCACCAUGACCAGCAAACUGUCGCACCUGGCACACGAGCGGCCCAACGGAGAGGUGAAGACGGAGCUGUGCGAGGGCGUGGAGGCCAGCGCGCCGCCAGCAAAAACAACCUACGUUAGCUACACCAACCACGCCAUGUGAAUCAACGACUCCUUCAACUCGAGGACGUCUCGGGACUUUUAAAGAAGCAGAUUUCUGUCACCACGAGGUGCUCUGAACACUCUGAAGGAACCAAACAAACCAAGACAUCUGUGGUCAUUUUAUGUUUACAGACUGCAGGGAACGGGCCUGAACACCGCACGAAAACUCGUUAGGAUGAAAAGCUGAAAAAGCAUCAGAGUUUUCGCCAGGAAGUAAGAAGGAGGGUUACCUGAAAGCCCAAAAAAAAGAAAUCCUAAAAGAAGUACAAAAAAGUAAUUGUGGGGACCAAACAUAAUUGUUGUUAUUCUAAUUGUGCGUUCAAAAAAAAAAGUGAAAAAACUUGUGGUUGUGAACAUUUCUGAUUCUUGUCUCCUGUCGUGCGUCCGUCGACCUGCAUUAUGAGAAGAGUCCGUCGAUGUUUCCGGAAAACUGGACGGUAGCUUUUGGUUGUGAAAUGUCUAAAUGCCAUGGUUGAAUUGAAGCAUGCCCGUUUUUUAUACAAAUGAUCUAUUUAUAAUAAA